GUCCGAGUACUCAGCAAAACACUAUGUCCAAACGAAGCGCGUCACCGCCAGUUGGAGGUGCUCUCAUCAAGAGGUCGCGUGGUGACACCCCACCCACGAACCAGAUGGCAAUUGCUAUCUCGUCGGCUGGCGAUGACAAGAAGGGUCUCAUUCGGAGCGUGAAGCGGACGAGCAGUCUGGAGGCGCCUAUUAUCAGCUUGAGCGGGUCACACUCGGCAGAGAUUCUAUGCUGUAGGUUCGAUCCUACUGGCCAAAACAUUGCUGCAUGCUCAGCAGACCGAAGCGUCUCAUUAUGGAGAACAUAUCCACCAAAUACCAACUACGGACUCCUCUCAAGCCACCACAAAGCACCCAUACUCGACCUGCAAUGGUCCCUCUUUUCUCCACUCCUUUAUACUGUUAGCGCCGACCACAUGCUCACGUACACGGACCUCACGACAGGCCAAAAGGCCCGCCGCAUCCGUGCCCACCGCGGCAUUAUCAACGCACUCGACCGGACAAUGGCAGGCGGUGCAGGCAUCGAGCUCAUCGCGACCGCCUCUGACGACGGCACCGUGCGCGUAUGGGAGGGCGGCGACGAGGCGAGCAAGCAGAGUGUGGCCGUCUUCGAGGUUGGCUGCCCGGCCACCUCGGUCUGCUGGAGCGCGGACGGGCAGAACCUGUACGUCGGUGCGCUCGACAACGAGAUCCACGUGUAUGACCUCAGGAAGAACGAGGAGGUGUACGCGCUCACGGGCCACACGGACACGCCCACGUCGCUCGCGCUCUCGCCGAACGGGUCGUAUCUCCUCUCGCCGUCGCUCUCGUCGACCACUAUCGUACAUGACGUCCGGCCGUUCUCGCCUUCGCCGAACCGGGUACACAGAGUGCUGCAUGGCGCGCCUGCUGGGUUCGAGAACACCCUCAUCAAGGGCGCCUGGAGCAAAGACGACGGCGGACAGCGUGCCGCGGUUGGUGGGGCUGAUCGUAUGGUGUGUAUUUGGGACGUUGAGAGUGGCCGAGUACUCUACAAGCUGCCUGGGCAUAAAGGGACAGUCACUUCAGUGGAUUUCCAUCCAAAAGAGCCUGUUGUCCUCACGAGUAGCAAAGAUGGCACGAUGUUGUUGGGAGAGCUGGAGCCUUCGGUUUCGGUUUAGCAUGUUUAUUGCAUCACUUGUAAUAAUCAAAGAUAGACACUACAUAACUCGUACUUGGGUGGUUUCUUGCUACUAAGGUGCGCU